AUGUCCUUUAGAAUUACAUUCUUUGCGCAGCAGACUCACCCGCGACUUUCCACUCAGGAGCUUGCGUCCAAGAUGUGCGAAUACGGACGUGUCGGUUGCACCGAAUGCGCGGCGAUUGUCCUCACAGCAGAGGGCGUUUGCAAGUACCCACAAGACUGUCCCGUCCGAGCCAGCUUCAAGACCAUGGAGGAGCACCAGGGGCUCUGCGGCUCUUGUAGAAUGAAGAAGAAGCGAGGAAACGUCGUGUUCCAGAUUGUCCUCGACUCAGGGGGAAUACACGUGCACACCUCUGCCUCAGCGCGAAAGGUCGGCUGGCGAUGGUUGGUGAACGGCAUCAAAAGAAGGCUCAGAAACGUACGGAGUAGCCCUCUCACCGAGGCCAAAAAGCUGAUUCGGGCCACAGGAGGACUAUUAAUAGAGGCAAGUGACUGGGAGGGUUUCACGACCUCCGUCCGGAGUUCACUGACGUCCAACUUCACGGCCAAGGGCACGGGACAGCAUCGGAAUCUACUCGAGAUAGCUGCUCUCGAAGAGGCCAACGCAAGAGCCAGAGAAGCCUACCCACGCCUUGAGGGAGCAGGCCUCUCGAGCACACUGGCAUACGAGCACCUACCGGAGAGGCUCUCGAGACGGAAGAAUCAGAGCAGUGGUCGUGGUAGUACCAGUGCUGGUCAGCGCCGGGUGCAUUCGACUUUGAGACAACCUGCGGCACCGCUGUUUGGACCAACUCGGGCUAAAGAACGUCCAGUUACCUUGCCGACUUUGGCGAGCGCCAGCAUCACGGAUUUGCAACCGCCGUUGUUGCCAAACGACACGUUCGACAAUAUUGAGCGAAACAUACGCCGGAGUAGAUUGAACGACGAGGCUGGGUCGUAUCUUGUCGUCUGA